AUGCCAAAUAGCGAAUGUUUACCUUCUCACUCGGAAGAAGCCUCAAUCCUCGGUCCCAACACCUUCGAAAGGUCUAUUGCUGCUUUGAAUUACAACAUGAAGACAAAGGGCAGUGAGCACCCAACAAAAGCUGCCAACUUUAACGGUUCACCCAACGUCGAUGCGGUUGGCAAACGAUACAAACUGGUGCAUAUUCUUCCUAUAAUAGCUAGCCUGUACCUCUUUCAUUCCGUAGGCGUAAUAACAAGCCAACUUCGUACAAAGCCACCAAGCAACGGAUUUGAUUUCCUGGCUGGCUAG